AUGGCUGCAUCCUCUGUGGUUUUACCCAAACGCACCUCCGACGUUAUGGAGCAGCUCAAAGUUGCACGGCUCGACUUUGUGUCGGCCAAGUUUCCAGAAGCUGUUUCAACACGCCCAGCGUCGUAUAUCCAUAUUAAACCCAAAAUACCCCAAGAAGAAGAUAGUGAAGAAGAGCAGCUGCUCAAGAAUGAUGGGAGUGACGGUGACUCUGCCACAGCUUCUGAUGAAUCGUCCAAGAAGCAUACCGAAAGCGAGCAGUCUGAUGUUGACAUGUCGGAAUUUGAAGAUGCGAUUGAUUUCUCUGGCCCCGUUCAAAAAAAUAAGAAGAAAAAUGUUAUUUCUAAAAAAGCUGAAAAUAUAAAGUCUGAAUCUAGCUCAGAAGAAGACGAGAAUGAAGAAGACGAAGAAAGCUCUCAAGAUGAUGAUGAUGAGAAUACUGAAGACGAGUCUGAAGACGAGUCUGAAGACAAACCUCCCAUAGAAAAUACAAACCCUUCCGAAUCAACAGCCAUUCCAGGAAAAGAAGCAGUCCUCAAGAAGGAAAACUUUGAGUAUAUGACUCAAAAGGAAAAGAUCUUGUCGCGGAUACAAAAGGAAGAUGAUUACUUCCGUAUGGUGAAUAAAAAGUACACGUUUACAGAGCCCAACACAGACCCCAAAGACCGCGGCUCGCGUGCCGAAACUAGCCGCGUUAUGAAGACUUUCCCCAAGAAUAUGAGCGCGCCGCGAGGCCUUAUCAACAAUGGUGUGACUUGCUACAUGAAUUCUGCCGUCCAGGCCCUGAUACAUGUUCCAGCCAUGGCACGGUAUCUCACAGCUGUAAAUAAGGGUGAAUACAAAGAUACCAUCAGCCCUCGCUCAGUGACCCGCGACCUCGCACAUUUGUUUGCACGCAUGACGGAUGGAUCUAAUGGUCGCAAGAGCAUCUCGCCAAAACAGUUGAUUCGAAGGCUAGACGAAAUCAAUCCGCUCAUGUCUGAGUGGAACCAAGAAGAUGCACACGAGUAUUUUAUGUCACUCAUUGGGCGGCUUCAAGAAGACUCUGUACCUAAGGGACAGAAGCUCAAGUCGUCCAUUCUCCACGAAAUGUUUGGAGGCACUUUCCUUCAAACAGUGGUGUGUCAGGAAUGCAAAAACAAGUCUGAAACUCACCAGGACUUUUUUGAUAUUCAAGUCUCAAUUGACAAGCACGAGCUCAAGGUAAUGGGCAAGUCGACCCUCCGCGGAAGUCUGCGGCAAUACUUUGACCAGUCGUUUAUUAAAAAGUCUAAAAGCGAGGGCUACGAUUGUGAAAAGUGCAAGAAGAAGACGAGCGCAUCCACAAUCCAGCGCAUCGAAGAGGCUCCAGAGUACUUGAUUCUUAGUAUCAAACGCUACGAGUACACGUCGAACCGCAACUCGAGCCAAAAGAUUAAACAACAUUUGGCCAUUGCUCCUACAAUCGAGCUAACGCAAUAUGCCGUCAAUGAGGAGCCUAUGCGGUACCAACUUGUGGCCUUUACUGUCCAUGAAGGCCGCUCCGCUAGCAGUGGCCAUUAUGUUGCAUACUGCAUGCAGCCCGAUAAUACUUGGGCACUUUACGAUGACGAUUACGUUCACCAGCUUUCUGCCAAUCAAGUGUAUCGUUCCAAGGAUGAUGUUUACUUUUUAGUUUACACGCGAGUACGCGCAACACUCAAGGAAGGUGAAACACGUGAAGCCACGCCACCUGUUUUUAUGAAUGGUCUUGCAGAUGAAGACAAUGAGAAUGAAGAAGGUGAUGAAGAUGACGAUGAAGAAGAUGAUGAUGCUGAAGAGGGGGAGACUGGGAAGAUUUCAAAAGUUCAGAUUAGCAGCAAGAAAGCUAAGAAGAUGAAGAAGAACACAGACCCCUCUGGACUCUCUAGAAAACUUUCUAAUUCGUCACCUAAGGGUCACCGGUUCCCACUUGCUAGAAAGAACAGCGGCGACUCGAUUUCGUCAACAUCAUCAGUACGCAGUAGUGGUAAGAUUAAAAAGUAUGGCAAGCGACACCUACGCAAAGGCUCAUUUGGAAGUGCGGUGCAGUCACUGACACCUGUGAACAAUUUGAAAAAGUCGCGCAGUGCACCUGCCGGAAUGAAUGAGCUGGGGUCACAAAAGGAUGGCGAAGGAUCAACUUCCAAGUACUUCUCCAAGAAUAAUAACCACCAUCAUCAAUCAGGGAAAAAUGCCUUUUCCAAGCUUGCAGAAAAGUUCAGGCUAAACGGUGCAGGCAAGAAACGUAACGUGGCUGCCACUGUGAAUUCCAAGGAAGAACUGAAUCGUCCUGGAUCUAGUAAUAGUGAUUCCAGCCAAAAGAAACGCAAGCUGGAUAAAGACAUUGAUGAUAUUUUCAACCGACUUUAA